GAAUUAGAAAAUAUCAAACAAAGAGUGUGUAACGAAGAUACUUAUAAAGGAGAUUGCCACGGGGCAGGUCCCUUUUGUGGUAUCGUGUGCCUGAAUGGAAUAAUAACCUAAAAAUAUUGUUUAUUUUUUUGUUUCCAAAUUAUUUUUUAUACAAUUUCUUUCACCCUGGGAAUAAAGUUAAAAUUAAUUAAUAGUUAAACAUUACGUCGACAUCCGUUUGAUUGGUAAACAAAAAAAAGUUGCCAGAUAUCAAAUAACUAUUGAAAAUUACGUAUUUUAAUCAAUAGAGUAAUCGAUAUCAAAACAAAACAGUUAUUAAAAAUAAAAAAAUACAAUUAUUUUUAAUUAUUAUUCUAACUAUAUUCAUGAUAAGUCUAUAUUGUUGAACAGAUAAGAUAAGAUAGAUAAGAUAAGAGCGAUUUUAAAUUAAAAUAAAAGCCUUACGUAAUUUAAAAACUUAAAUCGAUUUAUUAAUGAUUAAAUAUAAUUGCUCUGGCAACAUUUACUUGCGCAUGUCACAUCACUUUGACGUUCGUUCGUUGUGUGUUCGUGAUUGCUUUGUAUAAUACGUUGAGUUUUGAAUUCCGUAUUUACUUAGUUAUUAUUUACGAUACGUGCCUUUCUGCUACCACCGAGUUGAGCUAAUAAGUUCCUCGCGUACUUACUUUAUGUUUUGUGAGAUAAUUGACUCCUCUUUGUGAGAUAUUGACUCUAAGUGCUUGACUCUUGUUUGUGCUGUUCUUUGUGAGAUAAAGUGCUAUUCUUGGAGAACAAUUUGACUCUUAGUGAAAUCCUUGUGUGAUAUUGAACUCCCGAACUGUUUUUGUCAGAACUAUGUCUACCCCAGCCAGAAGUCGGGCACACCGCCUGUCUUACCGACGCUGUAUUAACUGUUCCCUUUUACUAGCGUCUAAUUUACGCCGGUAUACAGUUGAGGAGUUGAACGAGCAAAUGACAGUUCUUCUACGAACUUGGACAACGCCUACACCUGUAACGUCAGAUGAUAUCCUAUGUAUUGAAUGUUAUUUGCUGUUGCAAGAAAGGAUAUUGUCAAAUAUAACUGGAUCCCACGAGGAUAUAUCACCUGCAUAUGGUCACUUAAAUGUUUGUUAUGGAUGUGGUAUCUCUGUUGCAAGUCGGAGAACCCACAGAGUUGAGUUAGACUGUCCACAACGUAGCAUGAUUUUAAGAUGGACUUUAGCACAUCUGGUUCCACAUUUACAAAAAGUGUGCAUUCCUUGCUGGUUAGCAGCAACUCGGGAGACGAGACGUUUGGAGGUUCAAGAUUCAAACAGACCUGCAAGGGUCAUGGAUGCAGCUCUAUCUUCAUUAGAAGACCCCGAGAUACCUGAACCACCUCCAAUGCCAGCUCCAACAUCUCAACCACAACAAGCAUUACGAGUUCAAUCUAAGAUUAACUCACAAAAGUAUAAACGAGUUGCUGCAGCUUCUCGUCACUGUAUGUUUGUAGGCUGUGAUAAUGAUGAACGUCUUUUAGUACCUAUGACUAUAAAGGAACUGUUGUUAUUGCAGUACAAUAUAUAUAUACCUUUAAAUGCUAGAAUCUGUCAUCACCAUUUAUAUAGCAAUCAGUGGGAUGAACUGACUACCAACCUAAAUGACUUUACUAGCUUUCAAGUUGAUGAUAUAUUUUCCAUACUGGAAAGAGCUUCUCAAAGAAGUUUAGAUUUUAAUAAUAUUGCAGCAAUGGAUGCACAUUUACGCCAUUAUUGGCUGGGACUUACAGAGAUGCAGUUUAAUGAAAUAUUAAAUAGCCUUCCUACUUUACAUAAUAAGGUUAGAAAUCCUAGCCUUGCAUUAAGCACAUUUCUUGUUAAACUUAGGACAGGGGACAGCAACCAAAGACUGGCAACUCUUUUUCAAUUGCCACGAUCUACAUUAGAAAAAAAAAUGAACAUUGUUAGGGAAUGUUUAAAAGAACAUUUUGUACCAAUGCAUUUGGGAGUUAAUCACACUAAUAUACAAAAUGUGGCCUCACGUAACAGGACUAUUCCUGAAGGUCUAUUCGGAGACAGUAGCAUGGCUCCAGAUUCUAAACCUGCUAUUGUCAUAUGUGAUGGUACAUAUGUUUAUGUACAGAGUAGUAGUAACUACAAAUAUCAGAAACAGACAUAUAGUCUACACAAAUAUAAUAAUUUGGUUAAACCCUUUUUAAUCACAUGUUGUGAUGGAUAUAUUUUAGAGUGCAUUGGACCAUAUGAAGCAACAAAAAAUGACUCGACAAUCAUGAGUGAUCUAUUUCGUAAUGAAAGUGGUCCAAUGCGCUCAUUUUUUAGACAGGGGGAUGUCUUUAUAUUGGAUAGGGGAUUUAGAGACGUGAUCCCUGAACUCCAAAGCUAUAAUUAUAAAACAUACAUGCCUGAGUCAUUAUUGGAAGGUGAAUUUCAAUUGACCACUGACCAAGCAAACAAGUCUAGGUGUGUGACUAUGUGUAGAUGGGUAGUUGAAAUUGUAAAUGGUCGCAUCAAAAGAGACUACAAACUGUUUCGACAAGAAUAUUUUAACAGAGCAUCAACACACCUUAUGGAUGAUUUUAAAAUUGUUUGUGCCCUUUUGAAUAAAUUCCACCCAACAAUUGAAGAUAGACCUGACGCUGCAGAGUAUGUGCAAAUUGCUCAGGCGAGAUUAAACAGUAGUAAUUAUUUGGGGGAAUUUAUUCGAAGGGAUAACAUCAAUAGGAGACGUACGGUUUUCCAAAACAUAGACAGCAAUGCUCCCCAUUUAGAUCAUUUUCCAAGAUUAACUUUAGAUGAUUUAAGAAGAUUUGCAUUGGGAUCUUACCAAUUAAAACAGGCUAGAUCCUAUUAUGGGGAGCACAUAAGAAGUAAUGGUACUUAUAAUGUUGAAGUAAGCAAUGAUGUCUUGGAAGAGGAUUUGCCCUUAAUAUUGGGUCAAAAUAAUUAUUUAAUUAGGACUAGAAUUAAGUCCCGCCAUGUGAGCCAUAAAACAUAUUACUCUUAUUUGUUGAUAAGUAGAGAUGAAGAUCGGGCAAAUUCUUUAGAAAGUAUCAUUGCUUACUAUUGUAACUGUCUAGUGGGUAACCGUACGGUAGGGUGUUGUGCUCAUACUAUGACAGUAUUGUGGUAUUUAAGCUGGGGCCGCUUCAACAAUGUGAGUGCUCCAGCUCAAUCUUUGGACGAAAUAUUUUAUGAAGAAUAAAUAGUUUAUUCAUGUUU